GACUCUGGAUAUGAUGUUGUUUUUAUGUUUGAUUCCUCAGUUUCAAGUCAGUCAUUAUUUGAGGAAAUGAAAAAUUUUGCCAUUCAAUUGACACGCAAAGUUGGCAUCGAUAAUGGGGAGUAUCGUAUCGGCUUUAUGCGAUAUAGUACAGAUGCUGAAACUCUUACACAAUUGAACAAAUUUGCUAAAGCAGAUGAUUUAAUUGUUGACAUGUUAAGAAUGAACUACAGACCAGGAGAGAGUAAUUUACAAAAUGCUCUCGAUACUGUCAUUCUCAACAUGUUUAGAGAAGACUAUGGAGACAGGGACUUUGCAAGAAACUUGAUUGUUUUACUAACUGGUGUGGAUCAAAGUUCGAACCCUUAUGACGCCUUCAGAGCAGCAGAACGAGCAGAGAGCUUGGGCAUAAAUCUAUACACUGUAGGAUUUUAUUUGAAUAACACUUUUGAAAUAGAUGAAGUAUCUACACAUCCUUUAUACACUUUCCAAUACCUGAUCAACAAUAGAGGAGAUACACGAAGAGCAAUGAACGAUUUAACCAAGUCUAUUGAUGAAAAUAUUCAACCACGAAGGGAGAGACCGUAUCCAACUACUACAACCACAACAACAACUACUACCACUUCAACUCCACCACGUGAUUCUGGAUAUGACGUUGUUAUCAUGAUGGACUCCUCUAUUCUUCGGAAAACAUUCGGUGCCAUGAAGAAAUAUGCUAGAACAUUAAUCAAUAAAUUCAACAUCGACAACAAACAGUACACGGUAGGUCUCAUGCGAUAUGGAGAAUCUAACGAUAAACAAUGGGAUCUCAAUGAUUAUACUUCAAAGAGGGAUGUUCUAUCUGCUGUUGAUCGAGUUGCCUAUAGACAGGGAAAAUCUUCUGAUGCAGCAAGUGCUAUCCGUAUGGUAAGGCGCAGAAUGUUCAAUGAUAGAAACGGGGACCGUGACUUUGCUAGAAAUCUCAUUGUUCUCCUGACUGCCAAUGAAAGAAGUGAUGAUAUAUACGCCACCUGGAAUGAGGCAGAAGAGGCAGAGAAAGAGAAUAUCAACUUAUAUACAGUCGGCUUUGAUAUGAACGACACCACAGAAAUCGACGAGACUUCAACUCACCCUCUUUAUAUCUAUCGUCACCUCAUUAACACGGAGGGUGGAGAUGACGUAAUAGAUUCAUCCACUGGAGAUAUUCUUGGCUUGAUUGACGAAGAUGUGGAGCCACCAAGACCACGACCUAAAUCUACCACCACCACAACAACUACUACAACCACAACCCCUAUGCCUACAACAGUAAUAAACCAAUGCUUUGGACAAGUAGACGUGAUCUUCGUGCUGGAUUCUUCUACCAGUGUUGGAAAUGAUAAUUACGACAAAAUGAAAGACUUUGUCAAGAAGUUUCUGCAUGCUGCAAAUAUUGAGGGCGGAGAAGUACGUGUGGGUCUUGUAUCCUACAGUACUAAAGUCACCGUGGAAUUCCAGUUAAACUCCUACACAACCAAAGCUGACGUAUUUGCCGCUGUAGAUAACAUACUUUGGAGAUACGGAAGUACCAACACCGCUGAUGGUUUGCAAACAAUGCAUAAAGACAUGUUCACUGCAGGCAAUGGCGACAGACCAGGAGUUCCAAACAUCUGUAUCAUUAUGACGGACGGUGUUUCCAAUAUUAACUACAGAAGAACCAUCCCUGAGGCAAAAGAGGCAAGAGAAAAGGGCAUUCAUAUAUAUGCAAUAGGUAUCGCUCUGAAGGACUUGAAAGAAGUCAAUGGAAUAGCCAGUGAGCCUGCAAGUUUGAACGUCUUUGCUGUGAAUACCUUUGAUGAAUUAGAAGGUCUAGAUAACAAAAUCUUUGAAUCCUCGUGCCCAGUAAGAAGUACACCUAUACCUACUACAACUACAUCAAAACCACGUGACACCGGUUAUGAUGUCGUAUUUCUGCUUGAUUCCUCUGUGAAUGACAGAAGAGUAUUCAAUCAAAUGAAGGACUUCGCCCAAAAUCUCGCGGGUAAUCUCAGCAUUGAUGAUAAAGAAUACCGCAUUGGUCUCGUGCGGUACAGUACGGCUUCCGAUACAUUUGCCCACCUCCAAGAUUUCGAUACCAAACGAGAAGUUAUUGAUAGGAUUCAGGAGAUACCCUACCAACCUGGUGAAAGUAACCUGCAGGACGCUAUUGAUAUUGUUUCAUUAGAUAAUUUCCAGGAGUACAAUGGUGAUAGAGACUUUGCAAGAAACUUGAUUGUUUUACUAACUGGUGUGGAUCAAAGUUCGAACCCUUAUGACGCAUUCCGUGCGGCAGAACGUGCGGAGGAUGAUGGGAUAAACAUCUAUACCGUUGGAUUUUACAUAAAUGAUACUUUCGAGGUUGAUGAGGUUCCAACACAUCCUCUUAGCACGUACCGAUAUCUGGUUAAAAGGAGAGGAGAUAUUAAAAGUAUUCCUCGGAAAUUAGCUAAUUCAAUUGAUGACGUGCUCCGUCCGAGGAGAAACAGACCUGUACGAACAACAACUACUACUAGACCAAUAACUGCAGUAAUGUCAAUUGCAUCUACACUCCCUGAAUCGGGUUAUGAUGUUGUUCUUGUACUCGAUUCCUCAGUGCCUCCCCCAACAUAUCAAUUAAUGAAAGAAUAUGCGAAAAAGUUAGUAGAUGGUUUCAAUGUUGAAGACCAGGAGUACCGAGUGGGGCUAAUGAGAUAUAGCACAGACGCUGAUGUGCAGUUUGAUCUCGAUGAAUAUUCUACGAAAGAUGACAUCAAGUUUGCUAUUGACAAAAGUUUGUAUAACCCCGGGGAAACAGACACCGCAAAAGCUAUCAAUUCUGUUCGCGAAAAUAUGUUCCGAGAAACGCAUGGUGAUAGAGACUUUGCUAGGAAUCUUAUAGUUCUGCUUACUGGCCAGGAUCAAAGUAAAGACACAUACAAAUCCUGGGCAGCUGCCGAGAAAGCAGAGGCGGCAGGUAUAAAUUUGUUUACGGUGGGAAUCAAUCUGAACGACACAACAGAAAUAGACGAACUCUCCACUCACCCAAUCCAAAAGUACAGACAUCUCAUCAACACAUACUCAUCUCCCGCUGAACUUAACCGAACCGCUAAUAAUAUUCUGGACCUUAUUGAUGAUCAAGUGGAACCCGAACGUCCAAGACCAAAACCUACCACAAAGCCUCCCAUUGACAGAACUUCGGAGGUUUCGGACGACACACCCACAGAACUAAUCGCUGCAGGGUCUGUUUUCCUGGUUGUUGGUAUCAUCUGUAUUGGUGUUGCUCUGUUUUUGCUGUACAAAACACGACAGCAAAAGACUAAAAUGAAAGAAACCCUUAGAAAGCGACAUGCAUCGUUGCAUGUUCCUCCCUCUGUGAACGAUGUGGACUCAGUUAAAAGGAAGAAUGAAUAUCAACAGUCUAUUGGGGUAGCAAAUCCGGCGGAAGUAGAAUUAUCUGUUGAAAAUCAGGAAGGUCCAUAUAUUACACCAAACACUAUGCAAAUUUAGAUUAUCAAGCAGGUAAAGCCUAUGAAAACCACGUGCCAGGAUCGUAGCACAAAGGUCGAUAGAUUUUAUAUUAAGAUGCUUUAAAAACUAUGGUGCAUUGCCUUUGUUGAAAAGUGCCUCACAGUUUAUAACUGUAAACAAAAAUGUGCUGUGAAGAAUACCAAGAACAAAAAGACACGCUAUCUCAAUAUGUUGUUUUAUUUGGAAGAACCUACAUCUUUGCGAAAGGAUGGUCCAUGUAUUCAUCAUAUCUGUGGUGUAUGAUUGCUUUACAAAUAUCCGCUCCAAUUUACAGAAAUGACAUUUGGGUAGAGGGCUUUAUUUUAGUAAAAUGUAGACUAUCAUUUGGAAUAGUAAAUUGUGGAGCAAAGAAAAGGGAAUGACUUAUGAAGAGAUAUUGUACAGAAAGGAGUAUUUUGAAGAGUCGAUAAGUGAUGGUAUGGUCAAUCUGUUUUCUUUUCAUGUAAUAUGUUUAUUUUCCAAUGAAAAUGGGAUACAUUGUUCACGGUGCAACAUGAGUUAUUUCCCCCUGAAUACAGGGGGCGCACAAAACGAUGGUGUCCUCAAGUGAUUGCGUCAUUACAAGGAAUAGAUAAAGAAUUUAUUAUUUCUGAUUGUAAUUAAGAGCCAGUAAAGGAAUUUUUGUAGAAAUUAAGUGUUGUUACUGACAAACGAUAUGACUGUACAAAAUAUUUAGUCAUUUAUUAUAUUUAUUUGUCCCGUAUGUGAUUUUUGGCAGUCCAUGGUAUCUCAGUUUAGAUCAGACUAAUAAGGAUGAGCAAUUCUUAAUUACUUUUUAUCAAUAUUAUCGACGACCAAAAAACUACAAUGAAUAUGUCAGAAAUUCCAUGAGCAACCAACGCAUGCAAUCAUUAACUUGCAAUCCUUUCACACUGUGGACUAGAAUAUGUAAAUCAGGUAUCAAUGAACGGAGCAUGUUAAUAAUAUAUUGAAUCCGUAUCUCUGAUGUAAUUUUUCUGUUGAUAUUUCUUUACUAAUGUACGCAAGUGAUUCAAUCUUUUAAAAAUUAAUGUUUGUGUAAAUCAACUUAAUCGAAGUACACACAAAAAACCAUCAAGCAUGUAUCAAUUAAGAGAGAGAGAGAGAGAGAGAGAGAGAGAGAGAGAGAGAGAGAGGGGGGGGGAAACUGUGCUAUUUUUUCCGACAAUGUACUUUUUCUGUUAUCAUGCUAAGUUACUUAUUUUAACAAAGUUUGAUCUAGAGGUUGCCUCCUUAUUUAAAUAGUAAUAUUGAAUUAAAGUGGAACUAUGAAAUCUAAAGAACCAAAUAACUGAAUUUCAGGACUAACCUCCUGUCCCCCCCCCCCCCCCUCCAUAAUUUAGGAUUUGGAGCUUUGGGGUUUAGUUAUAUUGAUUUGUUUGUUUUUGCUUUUCAAGAAUUGUCAGAUAAUUGUGAAGUCAACUUCACCCUGCCUCCCUCUUUUUUGAAAACAAUGUUACAUAACCGAUUAUAUUUAUACUAUCACAUGCUUUCGUGUUUGAUUCUGUCCAAGUAAUGGUACUAUUAAUACCAAAACUUUCAUGAGUAAUCUGCAAAAAAUGUAACAAACACCUGGACAGAAUUAAACACGAAGUAGAUCUACUGGAUAUAGGUCUAUACCCCUUCCCAUCCCUUCAAUUUAAUGAAAAGUAGAUUAUAAGUGUUCUUUGUAAAAUUGAAUAAACUAAACUUUGUUAUUAUAAGAGAUAUGAUACAACCUGAUAAAACCCAGCCCAUUAUAAAGAUUUUGAUACCGUAAGCUUUACAAUACCUUAUUUGUUACUAAUAUUCUAUCUGAACCUUAGGACCCUAGCUGUAAGCCCGACCCCUACUUCCGGUGUAAGAGCAGUAACUGCAAAAAUGAAGGCAAUUGUUCUCGUGAUAUAAACGUACCUUAACCUGUCUCAAGCAUGGCAUUUGCGACUCUUUAUAGUGAUAUUUAUCUUAAUUCAUUCCGAACGUUUUAUUAUGUCUGUAGUUUUCUCUCAAAUGACAUAAAUGACUUAACUGUCGCUUUCUUUAAUGUGAUUAAUAAUGAGAAUUUCAGAAUAUAAAUAUUAUGAAGAAAUACAUACACUUUUAAUGCGUUUAUCAGAUCCAUAUGAUAAGAAUGCCGUGGUAUUUAAUGUAAGAUCGGCAUGCAUUCCAUUAAUUCAGGAGGAGUAACACACCAGAGAUAUUUGAUGAGGAGGAAAAGUGGAAGAUGUCUAUGUGUAAGGAUAUUUUGAAAGUUUCAAAAAGGACCUCCCCACUUUAGCUGGAGCUUGUGGUCCCUCUUUACCAUCCCUCUUUUCAAAGAAAGAUGGAUUUAUUCAUUAUACAUUUUAGUAAAUGUUAAACACUGAUGUAUCUCUACUUAGUGUAUAGUCCUUUACCCCUGGGGUAUUGCUAGAUAAGGGUAGAAAAAUAAGUUUUAAAUGGUCACCCUUAGCCUGAAAAAUACAGAAUAUCUAUCUGAGGUCAAUAUAGGUAUAUGAGGUAGAAAGAAAACGUAUAUUUUUUGCAGAUUUUUAUUGUAUCUAUUUUUAUGAAUUUCAUCACCAGCACAAGAUUGUUCAGUCUUGCCUUUUGAUAUAUGUUCUAUAUUAAAAAACGGCUUAAAACAGAAAAGUCUGGAGAACAUUGUGGUCGAUAUGAACAAAGGCUUGAAAACCGAUCAUUCAAUGAAUAUCAAUAGGAAUUUAACAAAAACAGACAAACCCGAUUUCAAAAGACAGCAUAGGUCUUAAUGUUAGGGAACUUUUCAGUAAAAUAAAAUGCCAAACCUCUAAGUUAAGGUAUCAAUAAACAUCUAGGGGCAUUGUAAAUUGAAUGAUUCAAACUUUGAUGUUUUACUAAAUCAUCGAGGGCCGUAUGUUACAGCUAGAGUCGGGAGAUCCUUUACUUUAUUUAGUCAAAAUAUGCAGUUUUAGUAGAAAGUAAUCUGACAAAAAUUUCAAACCUUUACUAAACUCGAACCCACGAUCUACAGAUCAGCAGUCGUCACGUUAACCGACAAGCUUCCGAGCUAGGCGAUUAGAUUUAAAAGAAAUAUAUCGAUAUUGCAGAUAUUUAUAUUUUCAUUUAUGUUUUAAAGGGAAAUCAGCCAUUAUGACGUCCUUAACUUCAAAUUGCGUUGUAUUACUACAAAUGUUAUAAAUGAAACAGGCAUAAUGAUUCAGCUCAAUUAUGUUUUUAAUUCUAUUUGUUGCUUAGUGGCUUGUUUUGUAGGAGUUAUGAGAUCGAUAACUGGUCGCCAUAUUCACUUUUUCAUUCAGUUGCAGGAUCUCUUCUCCGCUGUUAUAUGAAAUUUCAUUUUUGUUUACAGUUUUAUGAAUAAUUCAUUAUAUGAUUAAAUAGUUUUAUCUGUUUCUAAUCAAUAGUAGUGAUGUACUUUUAUUUGCAUUAUUUAUGUAUGUUCACACUAUAAGAAAAAUUCAAUCAAUUGUUUGUUUAAAUAAAAAAAUGUUAUAUACUUGA